AAAAGUCACAGUUUCUGGUACAGUGAAGGGGUAUGAUGCAAUUUUACAGGGCAGAACUCUAUGUCCCUUUCUUGGACAGACAAUGAAGAAAAAGGUGAAUUCUAAGGAUAAGGAAGACUUUCAUGACGAGAAUUAUUUUCUGGUUCCUGAUAGGAAUCAUGACAUAAUAUUAGCCAAAGAAAAACAAUUUUUAUUAGACCUCAACAAGGUAUCAGAAAGGGUGAGCCAUGAGCUGUUAGUGAAGAAUAGAGGAGGAAACAGUUGCUCUUUUAUGACAGUAGACAGGACUGGUGAUUGUUGCAAUGAAGAAUUAUCCUGUCGCAAUAGUUUCUGUGACAAAUUUACAAAAUCCAACACUAUUGAUCUCUCAAAUCUAGGAGACCACUAUCCACUAGCUCUUGAGUUCAUCAAGAAGUCAUCCCAUCUAAGGAUAAUAUGCAGUGCUUCCAUCGCAUUCAACAAAUCACUGAAACAGAGAACCUCCAAAUUGGAGGUUCAGUUCAAGGGCUUGGUAACUUCUCAAAACAAUGGAAUAUCGAGCCCAAUCACUGGGUGUAAGCCUAUAGAGUAUUCAGAAAUUGCCCAUUUGCAAGAGCGGAUUAUGAGUACUGGAGAUGAAAAUGGAAAAACAGAAAGUGUUUUGAGAAGCCCUAUUUAUAGUAACUCGCCAAAUCAGUAUAGUAAUUCUAGCUCUAGAACUCCCAGUGCAAUGGAUGAUAGAAAAAUCAGCUCCUGGGAAUCAGAUAGUUCUUUAGUCAUCGUCAAUGAUACUUCAUCUCAUAAGCCAGUUACUCUUUCUAAAGGACUGAUCCAUUGCUCAUGGAAAGAUGGGCUUCCACACUUUGUAUUCUCUUUAGAUGACUCCCACGAGGUUCUUGUAGCCAAACCACAGAGGGUCGAGUUUUCAGGUGAAAAAGCUCUGGACUUUAUCUAUUUUUUUCAUUUGAGAAGCAAUGGAGAAAAGUCCCAACAGAAAGCUCAGAAGAAUUCAUCAAAUCUCAUUGGAAAGAUGACCGUAUCUUCCAGAUCAAACCCAGUUGAAUCUGAGUUUUUCGAUUCGAACUUUGUUUUGUAUGGUGCAAAGGAAGACCAAGUUAGGUGCAACAUGAGCAAGAUGGCAUCUUCAAGCCCCUACCGUAGUUGGAAUAAAGGUGCACAGAAGAAGGCAGGCAACAUUUUUGGAACCUAUAGUAGAUUUCAGCAUAGUCCUCUUCCUAAAUUUCGAGAAACCAAUGUGAAGUUGAAGGAAUUGAACUGGGAAAAUCCUUUGGAUGCAUCCAACAAACAGGAUUGCUUAGUUAUAGACAACCCUCUUGGAGAAAAUAUGCUGCCCAAUCUUGAGCUAGCUUCUAUACUCGUCAAAUGUCAUAACAGCAAGAAAACUGGUCAAGAGGCUACAAUUGGGGGGUGGGGAUUAAAAUUUCUAGAAAAAACUUCAGUUGAUGGGGCUUGUAAUAGUCCCUCACAGUCCAAAACAAACAAUUUGGAAGUUGUUUCUUUUAAGAAUUGCAAUGAAAGUGUGUCAAGAAAUGAAGGAAAAAUGAUUGCAGGCAUGACUGUUUUAGUCCCUGCAGGCUUUCAUGGUGGUCCAAGAACCAGAAAUGGAGGCCCUUCGAGUCUUUAUGAGAGAUGGGAGUCCGGUCACUGUGACUGUGGAGGAUGGGAUAUGGGAUGUCCUCUGACUGUGAUGAACCUGAGAGAGAGAAAUGAUGCAAAAGUUGUGAUAGAAGUUGAUACAAAGGAAGAUUGCCAAUCAUUUGAACUGUAUAUUAAGGGUUCAAAGAAAGGUGUCCCAGCUGUGAAGUUGGUGAAUAUACAUGAAGGCCUGUAUUUUAUUUAUUUCCAAUCAAAUCUAUCAGCUCUUCAGUCAUUCUCAAUUGGGAUGGCCAUGAUCCAUGCACAGAGUCCAGGCCUUCCAGUAAAUCAUGUACAGCAGAUGAAAUAGUGAGUUCAGUGACUCAUCAUGAAGUAUCCAAGUUUUGUAGUGUCCCUUUUCUCUUAUGAAACUCACAUAGCAUUGUAUUACUUAUUCUAUGUAUUGAAAAAUGUAUCAUUCCUCAUUGGUAAUGUAUGUAUUUAACUGAAAAGCCUAUCUAUUUUUUGAAUAAAUGUAUCCUAAUUUUGAGGUUCUAAA